AUGAUGCGGCUGGAGCGACGUCAACUGUUGGAUAGAAACCUCAUUGAUCUCAGUCGAGAAAUGGACGUUGAUAAUGUGCUUCUCUAUCUGCAAAGUAAAGGGAUAUUUCCAGAUUUGGUCGUGGACAAAGUUUUGGUGAGCGAAGUAAAGUCUUCUGGAAGCGCUACUGCACAACGAGUUGCCAUCGUCCGUGCUGUGAAAUCUAGAGGGGAUAAAGCUUAUGACGCAUUGUUUCGUGCGCUGCUCUAUGCCCGACAGUCUCAUCUAGCGGAACUUCUGAGGCCCCUCCUUGAUGAAAGUGUACUUCAAACAAUGUAA